AUGCCGACGACGCUGCAAUGGGACGACUCGCUAGCCGCCCCCCCUUCGGUCCACCCUCCCCCCGAAUCCCCCCCUUCUGGUGUUGGUCUCCUGUAUGACUUUACGUUGCUCGUGGUCGAGGACUUUCUCAAGCAGCACCAGUUUGUGCAUUGCAUGCACGCUUUCAAAGUGGACUUGGACCACAUGAAGCGGCCACAUCCGUCCGCGGAUACAUGGAUGACCAUGUACGACAGGUUUCGGCCGUUCCUGGCAUCCAUACGCGGGGACCACGCAGAGUGGAGCGUGGCUGAGUGCAUGGUGGAGUUUUUAUUGCAUUUUCACGACACAUACGACCUCAAAACCACCGGUCAAUCGGCAAUUAGUGUGCUCGUGUCGGCGUCUCCGGCUCGGAAACGCUCGAUGACGUUAUUUCCCAAGAAAGCCACGUUUUCCCUCAUGGAUGCGUUCCACUCGGCGCAAAGUCCGUUGAAAAAACGACCAAGCCAACAACCGUCUCCGUCGUCGUCCGGUAGCAUCAUCACAUCGCCACCACCCGAACCCCACUUAUUGCCCCACAACAACCAAGAACCACUAACAACAGCGACGUCCCCCGUUCUUCGUCGGAAACAGACCAAGCAACAAACCAAAGACAAACAACUCCUCCAGCAACAACGUGCCAAUGCUCGAGCGACGAUGGACAUGCCCCCCAUGACCUCGUCGUCGACCGCCAGCAAAGACGACGUCGGCCCCCUACCCAAGCUGAAAUUCGACCAAGCCGACUGGAAACGAACGGCCACAACCAUCAAAUCCGUCGAGCGGGGGAUGCGAGAGAUGCGGUUCGAGGCGCAGUUUCAGGACAAACAGGUUAAAAUUAUGGCCAAAGUACUGCCGGCGGCCCUUCCUGGCCAUCCAUUUGCAUCUCCUGUGGGCAGUACGAACCUGGACGGCACUGCCGUUCCCGGCACGUCAACGCCCUACAUUCGCGCGUUAGAAAAGGAGCGGUAUGGCAACACCAAACGACGAGACUGCGGAUUAUGCCACCUUUCCCACUUGUCAAUCAACUUACCUGCAAAAGUGAGCUUUCGAUGCAUCAUGGAGCUAUAUGUGCGGUGGGGGCAUGUUCCCCUGGACCGGGAGAGCGCCAAAUACCGCCCCCCAAAGUGCUACGACGAGGUGCCGAUCUGUCGAUUCUGCGAACAAAUCGUCCAAGACGUGACGUGGGAUCCGACAUUUGAAAAGCCAUUCCACCCCCCCCUGCCAUUAGUGUCGACAACGACCCCCCGCAAACACCUCACGACCUCGUCCAGCGAUCCGUAUGCCUUGCCACCCCUGGACCCCGACGACUUGGUCAGCAGCGGCGACGACUCGUCUGACCACGAAACCCAAGAGCUUAAAUCCGACCAAACCAACGCCGACACCCCCGCCAAAGUCGUGUACCGCGAAGCCAACUAUUUAACGGGGGAAAAGGCGCUCAGCUUGAAGGAAUGGUCGGUCCUGCAAACGUCCAUGAGCAACAUCCGAGUUGUGAUGGAGCGCACGGCGAAAAACGCCCACGAGCGCAACCAAAUGCAGAUUUAACCAUCCACGAAGAAGACAACAAAUCUAUUUUCAAGUAGUAGGGCCAUGAAUGAAUGGACUGGCGCGACGUAUGCAAGAAAUUACACACCAAUGGAAUUUUGCGCCGUAGAAAGACAGAUCUCUGGACGUAUCGAUGUUCCCGACGGGAAUUCCAUUCGUUAGAGUUGAAUACUACUUAGUACUACUUCGACGUUCAUUGUUUUGCAAUAUAUGUUGCUUCUGUUGGGAUAUAUCUCAUACUACUAGUAGUAAUAAUACUAGUUAUGAGGCAGGGGUGGGGGGAGUCGGCGGGGGCUCACUCCGCGGCGUGUCGUGACCGCCUCGCCGCAUGCGACGAACGUUCCCGUCCGCGUCCACAUAUCUAGGAAAACGUCCCCCCAUAUAUGAAAUAGAAACAAGUAGAUGAUUCAUAGUACAUACUGCAGAAGUUUGGACGGGGCGUUGGCAGUAUGCUGGGAACCCGCGAGCGCUAGUUUGGACAAUGGCGGGGGCUUGUACGCCUGGGCGAGCGACCGCUGAAGGGCGGCGUCCACAGCCUGGAUAUGGGUUUGUUUCGAGGCCAACUGGGCUUUGGACACGCCGUCAAUGUCUUGGCGGGACGGAGACGGGGGUCGGGAAGGAGUUGCUUCUCCGGCCGGAUCAUCGUCGGCGGCGGCGGUAUCCACGAAGGUCAGUGGGUCGACAGCAUGGGGGAUGCUCAUCCCCCGUAAGUUCAUACGUCGUGUGAUCGUGCUCGACCGGCGGUGGAUGCCGUCCUUGUCCCAGUACUCGACGUUGGAAUCCAUGGUGCUAAACCGAGCACUGGCGUGGCUUGGCGUCGUCGUGGAUUUCUUGUCGUCGGACGAGUCCAUCAUGUCGAUGGCCCGGCCCCGUCCGAGGAUGUGGUCGAAGAUGUUGUCCGACAUACGCGUGUCCAGCACCACCGAGCCGUGGCGGAUUUGAGUCCCGGGGGACGCUUCCCCAUUGGAGGCAGCAUUUCCGGUGAGAGCUUCGGACUUUGCCGAGGACCCCUUGUUGGGCGGUGGCGGCGGUAGGGAGGUGCUAUCCGUCGAGGCGACCGCACUCUCCCUCUUGGUCAAGGACUUCUUUAGGAUGUGCAUGUCAAGAGGCGAUACGAACAAGUGCACUGAAAGCACUGGAACCACAAC